AUGAAUAUCUAUCACUACUGCAGAACUUUAAUCAUUGCACUGGUUGUCAGCACCGCAACGCUGGGCGCCUACGCAGAAAAUCCACGCGUCGCCAUCGAUACCAACUUCGGCGUCAUUGAAGUUGAACUGACACCUACUCUGGCACCACGCACCGUCGAGAACUUCCUUGCUCUGGUAGACGACGAAUUUUAUACCGGCCUGGUGUUUCAUCGCGUGAUAGCGAACUUCAUGAUUCAGGGGGGUGGCUACAAUGCAGACCUGCAAUAUAAAUCAACCACAAAAACAGUACCCAACGAAUCUUUUAACGGCGUUAAAAACACCCGUGGCACCAUCGCCAUGGCACGGUUAAACGAUCCGGAUUCUGCAAAUUCACAGUUUUUCAUCAACGUUGCUGAUAAUCCGAACCUGAAUGCUGACGGUACCAAGGCCGGUUAUACCGUAUUUGGCAAGGUAUCAGCUGGUAUGGAUGUGGUGGACGCCAUUGAAUUAGUGAAUACCCACCUGCGCCGGGGUAUGGCCGCAGUUCCCGAAGAACCAGUUAUCAUUAACACCAUUACGCGCGUUGAGUAA